ACCACGCUGCCGGCGCCGCGCCGCGGGCUCUAUUGCGCACGCCCGGGGCGCUCGUCUCAGAACGGGACGCUCGUGGGGGCGAGGGGAGGGGCAUCCGACGCUGAGUGACGCUCACGGCUCGCGCAACAGUCCCGCGCACAAUCCUCAGACUCUGAGGCGGUGUGCGAGGUAGCGCGCGCGCGUCUCGCCAACACGAAGCUUGUCGCGUUCUGAUGCUCAGGUGGACUUGGAGUGGCGGAUGGGGUCGAUGGAUCCCGCUGCGCGGGAUCGUCGUGGGAUUCUGUCAGCGACGAAACGAUUCUCCAGAGCAAGACAGCGGCUCUGAGAAAACCUGGGUGUGACUACAUCGGCCGAGAUUUCUUUCGCAAUUCCGAGUGUGAUUUUUGUGACCAGUCUUAGUAUUGUCCAUUCGUCGUAUUUACGUUGCAUUUAGCUCGCCUGAGCCGUGCAUAGAGGCGGAGGAAAGGGAGUCGGGUUGUGACGCGUCGAGUCGCGCUUGGACCAAGAAAUUUUGUGAACUCGCUGGGCGACCAUGUUUCUCGCGGCACCGCGUCGGCGUGCUUCGGCGACGCCUGAGUAGUUGGGGCGCUGUGCGCCUGUCUUCGAUUUGCUCUGGCCUGAACUUCCGCACGAGGCGGGACCAAACCGGAUGUGAAAAUGGAAGAGGAGGAGCACAGACAGGACGACGACAAACAAGAGGAGGCUGAGCUGGCGCGUGAGGCUUCGACCGAACCGUCGACGGGCGAUGCGACGGCGGCCAGCGACGGCGGCGUGCCCGAUGGCUCGAACUCGUCCCGUGCGUGUGGCUCGCGCUGGUCCCCGUCUCGGCUGGUGGGCGAGGCGAGCGCCAUCUGGAGCAACAUGGCUCGCUUCCGACCCGCCUUUCUGGGCGGCCGGGACGACAACCUGCCCGACCACCUGGGGCCCGUCAAGCAGCUGUUUUGCCGCACGGGACACAACCUGGCCGUUUUCCCCGCCGGCACGGUGUACGGCACACGGGAGGCGUACAACCGAUACGAAGCUGCGGAAGGCGUUGACCUAGAAGAGCGGGUCGAAGACGGUGAUGUCGAAGAGGACGCGGAGCCUGUCGGUGUUGUCCACGGCACACAGGAGCACUUCGCUGAAAACGCAAUCCUGGAGCUUCUUUCGCACGACAUUGGCCAAGUGCGAAUCCGUGGCGUCGAGACGGGACUGUUCGUCUGCAUGGACGCCGAAGGCAGAGUAUACGCCAAGAAGAACCGGAUGGACGAAGAGGGCAUCUUCUACGAGAUGUACGAGGGCGGCUACAACCUCUACCUGAGCAAGCUGAACAAGGACAAAGGCUGGUACCUGGGCAUCAAGAAGUCGGGCGUGCCCAAGCCGGGACCACGCACGGCGCGCGGACAGAAAGCCGUCCAGUUCCUUCCCAGGGCCGCCAAGCCACGCUCCUAGUCCUUCUACUCCCGCAGCCUCGGUGCUUCGUCAACAGCCUGCGGUGCUUACAUCCUAACGUCGAAGGCUCCACCAGGAAACGGAGGACGAGACAUCGCCUGGCACCAGCCACGCAGCCACACGGAGAUCGGUGUGCGCAUGCGUGUGACGCAUGGGUCUGUCGGAGUCGAAAGUCAGGACGUAGGCUUCCGCGGACGAAAUUGAACGCAAAAGAGGUGUGAGAGACGAGGAGCGAUCACGUGUCACCGAGUUCAGAGGCCCUUAUACAAUGGACCGAGGACCUGAACAGUUGUUACGGCUUUGCACUUUUACCUUCAGACCAGCUGAAGUUACAAGGCGUGAAAGAAAGUUAGACGGCAUGGCUCGAACUGGAAGACACGGUGGAACGAACACAGACGAGCAUACUUAUUUUUGGUAAUUGCAGGAAAUUACCUUCAAACGUCGUCAGGGAAGCUUCAGUUGACUGCCUUACUCGCAGUUUCUUUCCUACUAAAGCAUGACACAUGCUGGGAAGAUCUCGUCCUUAAACAAAAACAAGUUCGGAGCGUAGCUAAAAGAAAUGAAAUUACUAUACGAGAAAUAAAAGGCGUACGUGUGAAUAGGUUGUAAGAAGCUGGUGCGAAGUAAAAAAAAAAGAACGAAAUACAGCUGUUGACAGAAUGCUGCCAGUCGUUUGACGUGCCACUUUGAAGUAUCCCUUGCCAAAACGAGGAACGACCAAAUGCACUUAGCCCAACCUAGACGAACCUGCAAGUUUCCAUUAUAAGCCACUUCACGUAAUGUUCAGAAGCCAAAGUGAAUUUUUUUAAGCGCAGACGCUUGUUGGGAACGCUAUGCCCUCCCAGCAGCCUCGAUGUAAAGAAACAGCCGAUCUACUGGGCGGCGUCACGUACCGCCAGGGUAAUUCUUGUAAGAGUUAAGUCAUGCAAAAUUGCCGAUUUCGCGUCAAAACAAAAAGAAAGAAAAAUGAAAGAGACGGCAAAAUCAAUCGAGAUGUCCCGGGCUCUCUCUCUCUCUCUUCUGCGUUCGGUUUCACAAUGUGAGAACAAGGUGUUCAGUUUCUCUCGCUUGUCCGCACUCUUAAUUAUGACGGGACAACGACAUGAAUGCUCUGUCUCAUCGGCCAUAUUUGGUGUUGUGAAAGGCUUCGCAUCAGUAGUGGUUGUGCCGCAAGUUGCCGAGCCUCUGUUGUCGCAUGCGAGUGAUAAUUGCUUUUUACGGAUUCUGUAAUAGACACUGUACUCGACGUGUACUGCUGUAGCUGUGCAGUGGAUAUGCGCAAAUGCAUUCUGACGUCAGCACCUUUUGAAAUGCGGGUUCGGCGGCAAGGGUUUGUUAUAACUUAUGUAGUUUGAAGAUGAUUGAGUGAUUUUUGCGCGCACUCGCAGCCAUUUGUUGUACCAUGAUGGUAGCUUGGAUUAGCUUGUUCAACUAUAAGAAUGGUAAAGCAGUGCGAAUGGUUAUUAAGCGGGCGGCUUAACCGUUCAUAAUGUCUUAUGUACCCGUUAUGUAAAAAACAGCGAUCGCACUUUGGCGUUCACGUUUAUAAACGAAGCAGGAGUGAAACGGGCAACUGUAGGCGCGAGCAGUUUUUAUUGUUUUGCCACGGAGUUUGUGAAACUACCCUUGAUCCUCUGCAAUCACUUACUGCUGCGAUUGUUCAUUUUUCGCUAACGCCGAACUCCAUCGGGAGUGGUGGACAAUUGAACGCUGGCCAGUGAGGAAAAGCCUUACAUAUAGGUGUUCUGUGAAGGCAACUUCGGAUUCGGGGGUUGUAGUGUGACGUAGAAACGUCCCAAUAACUGUUGAGCGUAGUUUAGAUGUCCACGGUUGUGCGUAUGUGAUUGUGGCCGAUACAAACUUGCAGUUAUGCCCAAGCCAAAGAAUCAGCCACCGGUUUGGGUCGCUGUCUUCUCUGCCUCACUUGAACUGGCGUCUUCGCUGGAAUGCUGUGAUGAGAUAUAAAUGUAGAUAACCGAAGAUGGGAUGACGUACCGUAAGAUGCGUUUGGCGCAGCUUUAUGGAGCCAUCGUAACACUGUAUAAGGGCGUACCACUGAUCCCUUUUUAGGACUCGAAUCUAUAACAAGCAGUAAUCUAAACGAAGUAUUCAGGGCGAGACACCUUACCUAUAUAGUAGUGUCUAAAGGACUUUCAAGAAAGCAUACAUCACUGUAGUUCCACUUUUAAGAAGUACCAUAAGGCGAAAGGGUAAUUGACGGCACAGUUAGUUGACUGUGUUCCUAGCCGAAAGAAAGAAGCGAAAAGAAGCAUGCGUGAACUUUGUUGCUUAUUUGUUGCAAUUUAGCCAGUGACCGAAUUCGUAAAGCUUUAUUUCAUAAUUGCUCUCUGUCAUUGAUUAGUCAGCCGUCUUCGCUAAUGAUAUGCCAAGCAUCAGGAUCUUGGUGAAUAUUUUUUUGCCUUACGAGAGGUUCUUGCGUGACACGUUUUCGUGGCCCAGAUGUUCUUGUCGCUCAGGGUAACUCGUCUACCAUUAUUCAUCGUCAGCGUAGACAUAUAGCUUUGUAAUUAUUUCAUAGCGCAAAGAAAUAUUUUUUUUGUAUUUUGACCGGCAGAGCGUAUAUCUACUUAAGUUAGUUAGAAUUCUACCAACGUUUAUCAGGUGCCUAUUUCGCUUUAGGCUACCUGUUGCUACUUGCGAAAAGUGGAUAGAUUUGCUCGACGUUCUGAGCAAAGCUCUUUUUCAAGCUUAGACAAAUCGAACUGACGGAAUUUUCUGUUGGUGUCUACACUUUACUCAAGGAGCGGUUCGCCUCUUUCAGCAACAUCUGCUGGUACAGAAAAGCACGAAGCGCAGUUUCCUUUGCGGAACGUCUACUUCUUAUUGUUGCUUGAAUGUUCAUUGAAGGCCUUCGUUGAUACUAUGGCGAAGCUGCGUAGAAGAAAACAUAGCCCUGGUUAACUCCAGGCUCCAAUCUUAUUUGCCAUUUCUCUAGCAAAAAGAUUGUUAACCUCGACCUGGGUUGAAGUGUAGUUGUAGGUAUGUCGACAGAGGCAGAACGGUGUGCGGUUGGCGUUCGUCCAGAAACUUAGCUGCGCUUCAUUCUCUACUACCAUGCUUCCUGGUAAAAACAACAACAACAACAACAAACAACUGUGACAUCCGCUUAGUCUCGAGGAAAAGUUAAAUGGUUUUAACCAGAAAUACACUUUUUGUUGUUAUGGUGCUACCAGAAUGGCGAUAUGCAUUGCGAUAUACAAGUGCUGUUGGCUACUUCUUGUGGAAUUGCGUCCAACUAUAUACAACCGGGGGGACUCUUACUGCGAUUUACAGCAAACUUCACUUUACUUAUCCGACAGCGUAAAGUUCCACAGUGAAAGACGCCUCCCAACUAUUCGAGUGUUUGCGUGUAUAUAUGGCGCCGGUAUAUACCUUGAAGAACCCGGUCGUGCUGAUGUUUUGUAUGAGGUACUCUCUGCCACAAUGCCCAUUAAUGUGCUAGCGUGUGGUUUUCGGCUCGCCUCCCACUUUCACAGACCCUCCCUCCCCCGCCCCUUAAACUUUGAACCGUGCGCUCUGCAGCCUACUUCCUUCUCGAUCGCUUCUUGCAGUGUUUUGACUUGCUUGACAGUCCGAAUGUCUCGUAAUGUAGCCUUGUUCACGCUUUCACUUGAGCAGUGGCCACAAUGAUGCCUUCGCAGCGACACGUGACAGACGAAUUUUUGCCUGACACCUGUACACAUUAAUUCCUCUCUGAUAUGGCCAAAACGCUCUCUUUCUCUCGUUUCUGCCAUUCAUCCUUCAGUGUUUUUUUUUUUUUUAUUCAAGCAAAUAACCUCGCUCCUUGCCCGCACCGCAUUGCAGAUGUGCUUCACUCAAUUGGUCUUUUCGUGUACGAGUAGUAGUCCAGCUAACGUUGCCCAUCGAACCUUCUUCAGCUUCUUUCAAAGAAACCGAAAAUACGCAGUACCACGUGUGUCUGUCGCAACGUGUACUUUUUUUGUGAACAUUGCGAAAAGGUCAGGAAAGUAAAACAGCGAAACGAAUCAAAGAGGGAGGCUGUACGUUGGUAAGGGCUUGGCUUUUUCGUCCUCUUAGGUCGUUUUUCAACCCAGACGGCUGCUCGCGCAUCGUUUCCCCGCGCCGAGUUCCUAGAGACACUUCCUCAGAUGCUAUACAUAGCGUUCUGCGUACGAGAUAAGGGCACGGACCGGCAGUCAACAUCUCCUCGAGCCCGUGACUGAACGAACGUAUACGCACACAGCUGCAAAGAUGGCCCUCUGCCAGUUCCGUCUCUCUUCUUGGGCAACUCUUUUUCUGUAUAUCUGUCUUUUUUUUUUAGUCUGAGCUCGAUUGGUAAGCAUUGAGGCAUAAAGUCUGGAGGAAGACCGUGGGCGCAUUCAAAUGCCGACCGGAAGUCGGCUAUUGUUCGUCUAGGCUACACAGGAAGUUGAGGAGGAGUGGUUUGAGCACUGUACACUUUCAUCUUCCUGAGUUUUCGGUAAUGUGUGAGUGCUGUGCUAUGCGCACUCUUUCUCUGUCUUUCCUCUGCAUCUUUCAGUCUCCCCCACCCUGUUCCCAUGUGUGGGAUAGCAAACCGAUUUUCCUAAACUGCUUAAUCUCCCUGCCUUUUCUUCUCUAAUAUUUCUUCUCUAUCCAUGCCCAACGACUACUGGCGACCACGGACGUUUAGAUCGAUCGAUACAUUACUCCCAGCUUCUGAUUUGUUUGGGUUUCCUACUUCACUUUUCUCCGCCGCCAUUGGUGAUUCGCGUCGCAGGAUAUGAAUUGCGCAUUAGGAGGCUAGGACACCUGCAAAGGGGUGUACAUUCCAAAACCGAGCACCUAAUGAUACUACGGAUGCUCCGUGGGGAACAGCCUCAUGUAAGCAGCCGAUACCACUGUUGUGCAGGGUCUCUUGCCCAUUGGUUUAGAAAGGACUCGAAUUGCGUGGGCUUUUUCUUUUUUUUUUUUGUUGAUGUGAAUGACACUUAACCUAUAAACAAGACAACAGUUUCAUGAAAAGUUAUGAUUUUUGCAGCCAAAGGCGGCAGACAUCAAAAUGGGUGUAAUACUCGAAGAAAGCAUUGUCAAAUGGUUAGUACGCAAUCAUAAAUUCGCACUUAUAUCUUUAGAGGGUGCGCUGUGAUUGCCAAAGGAAGAACUACAAUGCGUCAUUCGCGUCAUCUUCGAAAACUGCUGGCUUAAAAUGAGCGUCGAAAUGCAUAUUCGUUGUGGUUAACCAGUUUCCGUGGUUAUGGAAACGUGGAAGAAUGUAAACGCAUGAUGUGUUUUCUCCCCAGUAUCAUUGCUAUAUUAUAGCUAUAUUAUCAAGCGUAUCCCUUAGGAAGUUGGCCGCGUAAAAGUUACACCAGGUAAAUGUAACUUGAGGGUAUGAGGACGAAUCAUUCGAUGACUGCUAGAAGUCCGCUAGAUUUUUUUUUUUUUCUGUGGCAGUUGUCAGGCAAUGCAUAUGCUCCACCUGCUGUUAAAAGCGGAGCACAGCAGGGUUAACACUGAUAGGUCAAGUAAAAAAAAAGAAAAAAAAAGAAAGCUGUCUACGUGACUAGAUCAUGCCCGUUGGACGCCGUAUCCUCAGACUUUUGCUGGACCGCGCUCCAAGUCGUAAAGCCCGUUAUUCCAAUUCUUCGCAAGGGAUCGCGUGGCUCAGGAUGUCAUAAAUGUACACAGGCGAAAGAUGGAGCUCGAAUAAUUGGAGCUCGAAUACUGCAACUUGUAUUGAACCACCUCCACUCAAACCCAGGCACAUAGCUGCAAUUUUCCUGUGUUCGACAUAAAGGUUAUUGCGAUCACAGGGAUCGUCAUGUCGGCAGACAAGAACUAAGACUUGUCAAAACCGUCUCGUCUUAACGUAACCUUCCUGAAAGUCGUUAAUCUUAAUGUGUGCGUAGUGCCGGUAUAAAGCUGGCUUAUUUGCCUUAACCUUACUUUCCACUGUUGCCGUGGUUGUACAUUAUUUUUGCUACCGUUCUCUGAGGAUUCUUCACAAUUCCUGAGCCCUGUUUUUGCUUUCGUGCUAUUGUAGGGACGUACGAAACUGCUUUGAAUGUACAGUAUGUUGCUUCAGACUCCAGAUGUUUUUCUAAUGUAUAGAUAAUACCUAGUUAUGGCUUCUGUAUGCAAGUGUUGUGCCCUAUAGACGUAAUAUAUCUUGCGGAUCAUUAACAUUUGUUGUUAUUGUAUGCGUAACUGCGGAGUGUGUAUGUACAUUUCCGUUGUUGUGUGCUCGCUUUUGUACACAUUGUCGCUGACAAUGUUAUACUCAGUGUUGUUUAGAAGGUUUUAGCAUGCCGUCACUGGUCCACCGCUGUUGGCGCCGCAUUCGAGUAGGCGCGACGAGAUUGCUCGCGAAUUGUCAGCUCGUGGCGGAGACAGUGGUGGUCAACGUAACAGUGCGCUAAAACUCUCUAAUCUAUGAAGCAGCUUCAGUGAAAACGCGCGCUCGAAUGUAUUGACAGAUCGUCGCGUAUGUGCAACGUACUUCACUGUAUAUCUAGUCAUUGUGCAUUUCGAAGGGGGUCCAAUAAACAUGCGACAAUAGUUCCUUUCAAACCCCGACAGUGUGUGCCCUGUCCGCUUCUUGUUUCGCUUGUGCAUAUUAACUCAGGGAGAUAACUUUUGCCGAAGACGUUUU